GGCGGCAGCCAGCUGCUCCACGCUUCCGCUUCCGGCGGUGUUUGUAGUAGUAAGCGGUGCGGCUAUGGCGGCCGGCGGCAGUGAUCCGCGGGCUGGUGACGUGGAAGAGGACGCCUCACAGCUUAUCUUUCCCAAAGAGUUUGAAACAGCAGAGACUCUUCUAAAUUCAGAAGUUCAUAUGCUUCUGGAGCAUCGAAAGCAACAAAAUGAGAGUGCAGAGGAUGAGCAGGAACUCUCAGGAGUCUUCAUGAAAACUUUAAACUACACUUCCCGUUUCAGUCAUUUCAAAAAUAGAGAGACCAUUGCAAGUGUCCGUAGCUUGCUGCUCCAGAAAAAGCUACAUAAGUUUGAGUUGGCUUGUUUGGCCAACCUUUGCCCAGAGACUGCUGAGGAGUCCAAGGCUCUGAUUCCAAGCCUGGAGGGGCGAUUUGAAGAUGAGGAACUACAGCAGAUUCUUGAUGAUAUCCAGACAAAGCGCAGUUUCCAGUAUUAAUCUCCAAACUUCACUCAGCUUCUUGGGGGACUCAUGUCCCCAGCACACCACCACCCUCUCAGGGGCUGGGGCCUUGCAGAAGCUAUUGCAAAAGACAUUUGGAAUUCUUCAAGAAGAGAGUCCAUCUUGGUGUGGGUUUAGGUUGCUGUUUCCAAUGUGACUGUUAGACCAUAAUGACCGUAUAAUUUUAGAGCAGCCUUGCAGUGACUGCCUAAACAUGCUGCUGAGAAGGGUGAGGUGGGGUAUUAUAUAAGCCAUGCUGUUGACUAUCUCAUACUGUGGAUUUUGGACCCCACAUUUAUUUUUUAUUCAUAACAUUUCAUAUUUUAAUUUCAAAGUGUUUGUAGUUUUUGACUAAAGUAGAACAUAGAAAACUUUUAUAGGGAAAGAAUAGUCUUACCUAGGUGCAAAAGAAAGAUUUAAGCCAGACAAAUGUCAAUGUUUCAAAUUAUUAAAGAAAGGGUGAGAGAAGCUGGGUGUGGUGGUGCACACCAGAAGGAUCGCGAGUUCAAAGCCAGCGUCAGCAAUGGUGAGGCGCUAAGGAACUCAGUGAGACCAUGUCUCUAAAUAAAAUACAAAAUAGGGCUGGGGAUGUGGCUUAGUGGUUGAGGGCUCCUGAGCUCAAACCCUGGUACAACCCCCCCAUCCCCCCGCAAAAAAAAAAUUAAAAAGAGGGAGUGCUAAUAACUGUGAGAGUCUUGGCAUCCUUGUACAUAACCCAGGAAACAGGAAGGAAGCAUGUCAUGGGAUGCAGUUACACCUGCUUGAGUAUCACUGUGCCCUUUAGCAUGGAGGUAGACAGGCAUUUUGCCUAUUUUUCUUUGGGUGGUGUUGCAGAACAUGGAUUUGUAGCAGCCCCACAGAACUCAUUUUAAGAUUUUUUCUUCAUUUGGGCACUGUGACACACACCUGUAUUUCCAGUCACUUGGCAAUGUACCAAGACCUUGUCUCAAGAGAAACUGGGGGAUAGGAUGUAGCUCAGUGGUAGAGCGCUCACCUACAUGUGAAAGUCCCUGGAUUCCAUCCCAGCACAGCAAAAGUAAACUUUCAUAUGUAUGACUUGAAGGUCUGAACUCUCUGAAGUCUUUUUCUUUUAGGGAGCAUCCAUUCCAUACCUCUCCCUUGCUACUUAACAGGCCAGGGUUGAUUUGAAUGGAAGGAUUACGAGCCUUCCUGAGCCACUGCAGUGAAAUCUCUCAACUUGAGGCCAGUAGUGAACAUGGAUAGCUAAACAUUUUAGCUAUGAUUUUUCUGAAGGGAAAUAUUUGUGUUUCCUUCAAAGUUUGAAUUUUUUCUUUCUGAAACUUUGUGUAUGAACUCAUGGGCCUAAGAACAAGUUGGAGAAAGAAAGUUGGUUUUAAAAGUCAAGAUAGUUUUGCCUGGCAAGGUGGUGCAUGCCUGUAAUCUCAAUGACUCUGAAGGCUUAGUCAGGAUGAUUGCAAAAUUAAGGCCAGCCUCAGCAACUUGAUGAGACCCUGUCUCAAUAUUUUAAAAAAAGUCAGGGGUAGUUAGCUCAGUAUUAGAGUACAUAGCCUAUGGGAGGUUCUGAGCGUAACCCCCCAAUUCUGCAAAAACAACAUCACUAACAAAAACCCCUACCAAGAUACUACACUUGAUCUUAGCCAAAAGGCCGAGAAGCGAUAACCUACCAAGUCCAUGGGAAAUGUGAGUGGUGUAAGAUUUUUUUCAGCUUUUUGUUAUGAGCAUUAAAUCUAAAAAACAAG